AAAGAGCAACGACAAAUGCAUGCAAUGAACUUACGAAACAAAAAAGUUGAAUUGUUUCACUUUGGAAGGCUACGGCGCAAUCUCGAAGACAUAAAUUCAGAGUGACAAGCCGGCGAUUCCGGGUAUUGUUUUUACUUCAUGAGUAUUGCCUCUUAAUUCGAAGAAGCGAAGAAGAGUAUAAAAUAUAUUGUAUGAUCAGUUCGGUGCAUUAGAGAAACCAAAGUCCAUCCGGAAUGGAACUGCACGGUUCGGUUUCGCUGCUGAUGCUGCUUCUGAGUGCAGCUUGGCUUCCGGUUCAUUCGAAGGAUAACUACGAUUGUGAAACCAGAACCGGAAACUAUGAGGGUGAUAUAGUGCUUACAGAGCGGCAAGAAGAAAUAGUCAUUUCCGGGAGGGAUCCAGUGGUGACGGAUGUGGAUAAAUGGGCCAACAAUUUGGUUCCAUAUGUGAUCGAAGCCGAGACCUUGACACCUGACCACGCCAAACUGAUUCGAGAGGCCAUGACCAAGAUCGAAGACGAGAGCACUGUCCGGUUUGUGCCGAGGAAGCAAGAUCGAGACUACCUGGUCAUUUCCGGCGAAACAAGUGGAUGCUGGUCUACGUUAGGUCGUAAUCGAGGUCUUAACCGAAUGAACAUCUCUCCAAGUGAGUGCAUGUUAGAAGGAGCAAUCGUUCACCAACUGCUGCACGUUCUCGGCUUCGGACACGUGACCAAUCAGCAGGAUCGCGACUUCUAUUUGGAUGUCAACUGGGAUCAUGUUAGACCGGAACACGUGAAGAGUCUGAAUUUGCACGAGGGGCGUAUCGUACCAAACUAUGGCAUGCCGUUCGACGUGGAAAGCAUUAUGCACUUUGGACCGAACCACUUCAGUCACAAUGGACUUGAUACGAUCGUCCCGAAGAACGAAAACCACAUCAUUGGACACCGCGCUGAGAUGAGUUUGAAGGACAUCCGUAAAUUGAACAUUAUGUAUCCCUGUGGAUAUUGUUAAUAAAUACCGAUGAAUUUUACGAUUCGCAGUUAUUGAAUAUGUUUUACACUUAUAAUUGAAACAAUUAAAUAAAUUGAAAAUGCAAGCAAUAA